AUGAGUACACACAUCGGUGAAGAAAGAUUAGAAGAUUGUGAGGAACCUGCACUACCGAUAGACUUAGAACAUAUUCUAUAUAAUUACACAAGGCCCACGGAAGCAGAAUUGCUUCAUCGGGCUUCUGAAUUUUAUAAAAUUGUAGCUGCUAGAAGAACCUUAAGAUUUUUCAGUCCAGACCCUGUACCAAAAAAAGUCAUACAUGACAUAAUAAAAGCUGCAGGCACUGCGCCUAGUGGUGCACACACAGAACCAUGGACAUUCGUAGUGGUAUCGAACCAAAAGGUGAAAGAGCAAAUACGAUGCGUCAUUGAAAAAGAAGAAGAAAUAAAUUACAAGCAGCGAAUGGGGCUCAAAUGGACAACAGAUUUGCUUCCGUUAAGAACUAAUUGGGUGAAGGAAUACUUGACUAUUGCUCCUUACUUGUUACUUGUGUUCAAACAAACGUAUGGUAUAUUACCAAAUGGAAAAAGAAAAAUUCAUUAUUACAAUGAAAUAAGCACAUCUAUCGCAUGUGGUAUUCUCAUUACCGCUAUACAACACGCAGGUUUGGUAACUCUGACUUCUACUCCUUUAAAUUGUGGACCUGCUAUCCGCAACCUUCUUGGACGUCCUCAGAAUGAAAAGCUUGUUGUACUACUGCCAGUGGGAUAUCCAGCAAAGGAUGCUACUGUGCCUGAUCUUCAACGAAAACCUCUAUCCGAUAUUUUAGUAGAAAUUGAGUGACACGCAUGUAACAACAAAAUCUGCCUCGCGAAUACUCCGUUCAGAACAUUGGAAUAUUUGCUGUGUUUGUGGAACAAUAUAAAAUGAGUACACGUAAUCAUAAAUUUAUACAAAUCCUAUUUUUCUUUUCAUAAAAAAACUUAUAUUUCCUUGAGUAUUGUUUCUUGCUUAUGGAUACCUUACAUUACACUUUCGCAAAUAUAUAUUAUUUAUUAUAA